GCGAGGGAAAACGAGGACGGGACCGCUCUGGCUUGGACGUCGUCGAGUGCGCACACGGGGGACCACUGCUUUGUUGUUUCAUUCGACGUAUUUGCUUCGUCCAAUUGACUCGUCGUGACUCGAAUGGUGCUGGCGAUCGUGAUGGAUAUUUUCUUUGUGAUGAAGGUGGGAUUGUGAAAAUGGUUUGACGACGAUUACCUGAGUCAUCUACCUGUCAGUCUACGUGUCCCACUGCGUUUCAACAGGCGAAUCAAAAAUGAGUCAGGAAACCAUGAGCAUGAGCAUGAGUCAAGAGGAGUCAUGGCAGAGUCAGCUGGUGAGUCCUGAGCAACGACUCUCGGCGCUCUUGAAGUCCAGUAGACUCGCCGACCUCACUAUUAACUUCCCAGGCCACGAGAGAUGUCUGCAGGCCCACCGCCUCGUCCUGGCCAUGACCUCCCCCGUCUUCGAGGCCAUGCUCUACGGCCCUCUGGCGGAGGGCGAGGAGCUCAACCUUCACGAGGACCCGCCCGAGGCCUUCGAGUGGCUGCUGGAGUACAUGUACCGCGGGCACAUCCAGAUGCCCGAGGUGCGUCUGGCGGUGCAGGUGUACCAGCUGGCGAGCAAGUACCAGGUGGAGGCGCUGAUGGUGUUGUGCUCGAAGUACCUUCAAGAGACUCUGAGGCCAGAGAACUUAGCAGAGAUGUACGACACGGCAGUUCUGCUGGAGGAUGAGCACCUACUACAGCGCUGCUAUGAGGUAGUGGACCUGUACCCGACCGCCGUGCUCUCCUCCCCCAGUUUCGGCCUCCUGAGUCGUGGGGCGCUCCGGCAUCUCCUGCAGCGCCCUCUUCACAUACCCACUGAGGUGAUCCUUCUAAAGGCGCUUCUGGCAUGGGGUCAGGCGCGAAGGUCCACCAAAAGCCUCCGCGACGAGAUCAGUGACUUCCUGCCGAUGGUGCGCUUCCUCUCCAUGACGACGGACGAGUUCGUGGAGCACGUGAUGCCCUCGGGCGUGCUCAGCCUCCAGGAAAUCAGCUCCAUUCUAAUGAACAUCAAAGAGCUCAUGGACGUGCCCCUGCCCACCAUAUGCUGCCCGACGAGGGACAAGCGUCUGUGCUACGUGGACAGCCUCCUACGCCGCCUCACCCUCAGCACGUCGCCCGCCCUCGCCCGCUCGCGCAAGAGCGCCCGCGGCAGCAUCUUCGUGCACAACUCGCAGGAGCAGAUCCUGAUCAUGAACCUGCGCACCUCCAACACGCUGCUGGUGAGCAAGCUGGAGUGCAAGGGCAUCCACCCGACCACGGGCGCGGCGGCCGUCGCCAUCAAGGACAGCAGCGGCUGCGUGAUCGGGAGCGCGACCAGCGAGGGCCCGGUGGUGGAGUUCGAGGAGCACGUGUCGCUCCAGCCGGACGUGAGCCACUGCGUGACCGUGCGGCUGGAGGGCCACUGGCCGCGGGGGGAGAUGGGCGACUUCGUUGCCACCACAGAGGGCGUUGAAGUAGAAGGGAAGAUCGCCUACACGGAGGGAAGGAUUGGGUCCGUCACUCUGCACUUCUGGUGUUUCAACUGAACUGCACUUUUGAACAAGAAUUAGUAAACUUUGUACAUUGUGUAUAUAUAAAAUACGCACAUUCCAUGUACUCCUCAGGACAUUGCCAAGCUUAAUAAAAGUCAC